AAACAUAGCAAACCAUUUUCUUUCUCUAAGAGGGAAAACAAGAACAAUGACAAUGGCAACCCUGUCUAGUCUUAACCUCGCAACCCCAAGGAUGACAGCCAACCUACCGGAUUCUAACAAGGUUAACACCGUCAAGGCUCCAUACCUUAACCAGAACCGGCCAUGGAAAAUGGUAACCCAUUUGGGUUCUAGGAGGAUGCGGGCGAUGGUGCCCGUGAAAGCUGCACCUGAUAGCUUAUCGGAGAAGGUGGAACAGAGCAUCAAGGAAGCACAAGAGGCGUGCUCCAACGAUCCGGCGAGUGGAGAGUGCGUGGCCGCUUGGGACGAGGUGGAAGAGCUGAGUGCAGCAGCCAGCCACGCUAGGGACAGGAUGAAAGACAACGAUCCUCUGGAGAAUUACUGCAAAGACAACCCUGAGACUGAUGAGUGCAAAACUUACGAUAAUUGAAA